UAUUUACAUAAAUCAGUUGCUCGAUGUAGUCACAAUUCUAGUAAUUAUCGUAGUGAUUUCGGCAUGCUUGAGAUUUUUAGGCGUUUGGGUCUGUGCGGUGCGUUAACACUGUUAGCAAAGAAGCCGAAGAUGUCAAUUCUAGAUAAAUCAAAUCUUGACUGGACGAGUUUCAAAACGGAAAACAAUCUUCAGGAGGAAUUGGAGACUUUUAAUCGUGGCAAGAACGGUUAUCUCGAUCGAAUGGAAUUCCUAUCCAGAACGGAUUAUAAGGAAUUCGAGAAAGAAAAGGAAUUAAGAAACGCGUCACGAAAACCGCUGUGA